AUGGCGGCUGCAAUGUGCAUGGAAGUGACUACCAAGGAGCCACCAUCUCCUCCACCACCUCCGCCACCUUCAGCAUCACCGAGAUCCUCUCAAGUACCCGGACUUCUCUUUAGCUUCAGUGACCUCCUCUCCGUCACCGGCGUCGCCGAUCAAAUCAACUCCCGCCAAUCCACAACCAUCCCUGGCCGUGGAGUGACUCCGGCAUUGACGCAGUCUCCGACACCGCCCUAUCGGCGUCGUCAAAGCGCAUUCUCUCCGUCCAUCGGCAUUGCCGCCAGCAAAACUCCAGCUUCCUCCGUGAUGCCGACGCCGGAGAGGCGAGAGCUCGUCAACCUUCGGCUCCGCCGUCCCCAGCGCCGGAAUUGGUGCCGUCUCGUCAAAAGUCUUCACCGGAAACCUUAUGCCGGCCUUUCACUUUCUUCCAAGGUCAGUGACAUCACAUCACCGUCCCUCCCGGCAUCGAAAACCUCAAUCUUCUUCUUCUCCGACCGCUCUCCGGCCACUCCUCCUCCCAACUCCUUGCCACCACCACCACCGGCACACCACCACACCGCAUCUCCACACCCACCAAUGCACGUCAUCCAAGAUAGGACCACCACCACCCACCACCACCGCACCUCCACCUACCAAUGCACCACCACCAGACGGCGACCACCACCACCACCACCGCCUCCGCCGCCGCAUCUCCACCGGCCAAUGCACCGCCACCAAAGACCGGAACCACCACCACCACUGCUGCACCGACCAAGUCUAGCAGCCAGGCAGCUGCACCGACAAAGUCGACAUCAGAACUCCAUCAUCCAAAUCUGCUCCGGCGCCAACAAAACAUCUCCGGCACCGGCGAAGUCUGCCGCUGCACCCACCACCACCACCUCACCGGCGCCAUCCUCCGGCGACAGUACUGCAUUGACUCCUUCUAGCAACACUGCCGCAUCACCAACAAGUGAAGCUAACAUCUCCGACCACCACCGACAUUGCCGGUGGGCCCACUUUGAGGCAAGUUCACCUGGCCCUGCCACUGAUACUCCGGCGCCGCUGGUGGGCCGGCAAGCUUAG